GAUUUGGGGAUCCCCUUCUCCCCCGCUGGGGCUGCCGGGGCCGCUCUGACGCCACUGUUCACCCCCCGUGACGUCACCGCCGAUCCCCGUCCCUGAACUCAUCCCGGGGUCCCGCUCUGACGUCACGGGGGAACCCCUCCGAGCCCCGCCCCUCGCUGCCUGCCAAUCACAGCGCCCGCCGAGAAACGCCGCCCGGUGAUUGGCUGCGCCCGGCAAGCCCCGCCCACUGACCAGGCUAAGAUGGCGGCGCCCAACGGCGCGACCCGGCGUGGGGACAGCGGAGCCCGGCCGUGAGGGGACAGCGGCGACACCGGGACAGCGGCGACACCGGGACAGCGGCCACAGCGGCGACAUGAGGCUGGGCUGGCUCCGCGCCCUGCCCCGCCGCCUCUGGGGCGGCCCCGCAGCGCCGGAGCUCUGCCGCAGUUUGUGCCAGCGCCCCGCGCGUGUCCCCACCGAGGGGAGCGACCCCAACGAGGGGACCCCGAAACCUCGCAGAGCCCCGAGCCCCGACCCCGCCGAGGGCGACGGCCCGAGGGGCGACACCUCGGGGGGCGACACCUCAGGGGGUGACACCUCGGCGGGUGCCGCCCCCAAGCCCCCCCUGCGCCGCCUCCUCCGCUCCCGCGGGUCGCACCACGAGCACACGCACACGGGUGACAGCGGUGACCCCGGCGGCACCGGCGGCCGCUCCGACCCCGGGGCCGCGUUCGAGGCGGCGCUGCGGGAGCUGUCCCGGGCCCCGCCGGGCCGCGGGGGCCGCCUGGCGCUGGUGGAGGCGGCGCUGGCGGCGCUGCCCGCGCUGGGCGCCGAGCGCAGCCUGGGCGCCUACAACGCCCUGCUCCGGCUGCUGCCCCGCGGGGCCUGGGUGCCCCGCGGCCCCGUGCAGAGGCUGCUGUUCCCGUUCCCGCGGCAGCAGGAGUGCGGGCUGCGCCUGCUCGAGCAGAUGGAGCAGUACGGGGUGAUGCCGGACGCAGAGACGCGGUUCCUGCUGCUGGGGGUGUUCGGGCCGCGCAGCCGGCCCAUGCGGAAGCUGCAGCGGAUGCAGUUCUGGCUGCCGCGCAUGCGGCACCUGGACCCCCACCCGCAGCCCCCCCGGCCGCUGCCCCCCGGGCUGGAGGCUGCACGGCUGGGGCUGCAGCGCAUGGCCUGCGACCCCGGGGCUGUCAUCAGUGUCAUACAGGCACCAGUGCCAGACUCGGGGGAGGAUGAAGGCUCCGUCCAGCCCUUCAUCAUCAGCUGUCAGUCCCCAGACCAGCAGGAGCUCCUGGCCCUGCACGGCCCCGCCCGCCCGGUGUUCGUGGAGGGGCCGUUCCCGCUCUGGCUCCGCGGGACCCUCCUCAAAUACUUCGUGCUAAGGGGGGACCCCCUGCCCCCCCACAUCAGGGACCCCCCCCCGGACCCCGAGCGCAGCUUUUACUUCCCCCUGCACCUGGAGCUGGAGCUGGAGCGCGGCCCCUGGGACGACGACGACUUCCACGGCGUGGACAGAGCGGAGGAGGGCCCGGUGCUGGCGCUGUGCAUGGCCGGGGGGGCCCAGCGCCCGGCCCUGGCCCGCUGGAUCGCGGCGCUGCAGGAGCGGAACCCGGCCCUGGCCAACACCCCGGUGAUCUUCCGCCUGCAACCGGGGCUGGAAACGGGGGCUGAGCCCCCCCCGAGGGCGCGGCUGGGCCAGGGGAGCCCCCCGGGAACGGGGCUGGAGCCCCCCGAGGGGCGGGAGCCGCGGGGAGAGACCCCCGAAAAGAGUGGGGAAUAAACGGGGUGUGUGAUGGA